AUGGCUGCAGCCGCCGCACGUCCUCUCGUUUCCGUUCAGGGAUUGGACGGUGACAUGAACACAGAUCAAUCCUCCACCGUCGUGUUGCCUGACGUCAUGCUGGCUCCUAUUCGUCCAGAUGUCGUCAGCUUCACUCACGCCCAAAUGUCCAACAACAGCCGUCAACCUUACGCCGUCUCGAAGAAGGCCGGUCAUCAGACCUCCGCCGAGUCCUGGGGAACUGGACGUGCUGUAUCUCGUAUCCCUCGUGUUCCCGGAGGUGGUACUCACCGUGCCGGUCAGGCGGCGUUUGGUAACAUGUGUCGUGGUGGUCGGAUGUUCGCUCCGACUAAGAUCUGGCGUCGCUGGCACAGACGCAUCAAUGUCAACAUGAAGCGUCACGCAAUCGUCUCAGCCAUCGCCGCAACUGCUGUUCCUUCGCUUGUGAUGGCUCGUGGUCACAAGAUCGAGAACGUCCCUGAGAUGCCUCUUGUUGUGAGUGACUCUGCAGAGGCUGUGGAGAAGACCUCAGCUGCGAUCAAGGUUCUGAAACAGAUCGGUGCUUAUGAUGAUGCAGAGAAGGCCAAGGAUAGCAUUGGGAUCCGUCCUGGUAAAGGUAAAGCAAGGAACCGUCGUUACAUUUCUAGGAAAGGUCCUCUUGUGGUUUAUGGAACUGAAGGAGCUAAGAUAGUUAAGGCCUUUAGGAAUCUUCCUGGUGUUGAGCUUUGUCAUGUUGAGAGGCUUAACUUGUUGAAGCUUGCUCCUGGUGGUCACCUUGGAAGGUUUGUGAUCUGGACCAAAUCUGCUUUCGAGAAGCUUGAGUCUAUCUAUGGCUCAUUUGACAAGCCAUCUGAGAAGAAGAAGGGAUACUUUCUUCCUCGUCCAAAGAUGGUCAAUGCUGAUCUGCCUAGGAUUAUCAACUCUGAUGAGGUCCAGAGUGUAGUGAAGCCGAUUAAGAAGGGUGCGAAGAGGGCUGUUCUUAAGAAGAAUCCAUUGAAGAACCUCAACGUGAUGCUGAAAUUGAAUCCUUAUGCUAAGACCGCGAAGAGGAUGUCUUUGUUGGCUGAAGCACAGAGGGUUAAGGCCAAGAAGGAGAAGCUCGCCAAGAAGAGGAAGCCUGUUACCAAGGAGGAGGCAUUGGCAAUCAAAGCAGCAGGUAAGUCGUGGUACAAGACUAUGAUCUCCGACAGUGAUUACACCGAGUUUGACAACUUCACCAAAUGGCUUGGUGCUAGCCAGUAA